CCAGAGAGAAAACUAACGAAAUUUCUAAUUCUUUCCGUGUCAGAUUUUGCCUCUAUUUUCUCUCUCUUCUCGGAAAUUGAACUGAAUGGCUAGCGGUGGGGCAGAACAGCAGGGUCCGGUGACGUGCGGGUCGUGGAUCCGACGGCCCGAAAGCGCCAAUUGGGCGGUGUUCGGGAGGUCCAGGCCUAAGGAUUCUUCUUCGUCGUCGUCUUCUUCAGUUCUCGAGAUAUUCUCCUUCGACCCCAAGACUACUUCUCUCGCUUCCUCUCCCCUGACUACAUAUGUGCUUGAAGAAGUGGAGGGUGAGCCAGUUUCCAUUGCGGUGCACCCAACCGGGGACGACAUCGUUUGCUCUACCUCUAAUGGUGGCUGCAAAUUGUUUGAGUUAUAUGGCCAAGAAUCAAAUGCAAAGCUGCUGGCAAAAGAACUAGCUCCUUUGAAUGGAAUUGGUCCACAGAAGUGUCUAGCUUUUAGUGUUGAUGGAUCUAAAUUGGCUACUGGUGGAGUGGAUGGGCAUUUGAGAAUUUUGGAGUGGCCAAGCCUCCGAAUAAUUUUAGAUGAACCAAAAGCGCACAAGUCGGUUCGUGAUUUGGAUUUCAGCCUAGACUCUGAGUUCUUAGCUUCAACAUCUACUGAUGGGGCAGCAAGAAUAUGGAAGAUGGAAGAUUGUGUUCCUUUGACUACUUUGACUCGCAACUCGGAUGAAAAGAUUGAACUCUGUCGGUUUUCUAAGGAUGGAACAAAACCCUUUCUAUUUUGCACUGUUCAAAAAGGUGAUAAAGCUUUCACCGCAGUUUGGGACAUAAGUACAUGGACUAAAAUUGGGCAUAAGAGGCUACUUAAAAAGUCUGCUUCCGUUAUGUCCGUCAGCAAGGAUGGGAAAUAUCUUGCUCUAGGAAGCAAAGAUGGAGAUAUUUGUGUGGUUGAAGUUAAGAAAAUGGAGAUUUGCCACUGGAGUAAGAGGCUACACCUGGGUACAUGCAUUGAAACUCUGGAGUUUUGUCCCACUGAAAGGGUUGUGCUCACUACUUCUAAUGAAUGGGGGGCUGUUGUAACUAAGUUAAAUGUUCCAGCAGAUUGGAAAGAGUGGCAGAUCUAUAUGGUGCUUUUAGGACUGUUUUUAGCAUCCGCUGUCGCCUUUUACAUCUUCUUCGAGAACUCUGAUUCAUUUUGGAACUUCCCUCUUGGAAGAAAUCAACCAGCAAGACCGCACUUGGGAGCAUUUUUAAGAGAUUCAAAGUCUUCUGAUGACAGAAAUAUUUGGGGUCCGGUUGAUAUGUGAUGAUUUUUAUUGUCCACUCUCUACGACCGAUGGGAAGAAAUGUCAUAUCGGUAACUGAACAAAAACCAUGCUCAUUAAGUCUCCAAGCUAACCUAGUUUUAUUUCAAUCCUAUGGGACAUUAUUUUUGUGGUGUAUAUAGCAUUCACAGAAAUGUAGUAGAGAAUUUCUUCCUCUUCACAAUGCAUAAUUGAUUUAAAUUUGUUGUGGGAAGCCUGAGUGUUGUGUGAUU